AUGAGCACCGACGCCCAGGACGAGGCCCCCGCCCCCAGCCGGCUGCUGGAAGACCUCAGGCAGCGGCUGGUGCGCGCCUUUCAUCGGGCGGUGCCGCGCGCGGGCUCGAGACGGGCGCCGGAGGAGGCCGAGGCGGCGGCCGCGCGCGAGGAGCAUGGGCAGGCGCGCGUCGAGAGCGCCCUCGAGGGGCUGCGCGCCGAGCUGCUGGAAAUGCAUUUCCAGAACCGCCAGCUGACCAGAACCUUACUGGAUUUAAACAUGAAAAUGCAGCAAUUGAAAAAGGAUUAUGAGCUGGAGAUUGCAUCCGAUUCUCGAGACCUGGAAGAUAAUGCUAUGAACCAAGAAUGA